AUGAUGAGACUCAAGAGGCGCUUGAGUCUCUCAGCCAACUUGAAAAUCGGGGAGUGCCACAAAUGCUGCCAGACCGCCAAGGAGGAAGAAGCGUACAUCCCCUUCGCACAGGAAAAUCUGGUGAAGAAAUGGGGUUCAAUGACCGACAUAUAUGAUAGGAAGCAGGACAGAAACAAUGUCCCAUCUCGGCGAAACCAAUUUGUCCUCAACCUCAACGUUGGGGGGAAAUGUUUCCAGAUCUCCUGUAAGAUGGCUGCUAAGUACCCCAAAACGAGGAUCGGCCAGCUGGCCCUCUCCAAGGACCUCACAAAGAAGCUGGAACUUUGCGACGACUAUUCGGUGCUGAAGAACGAAUACUUCUUCGACCGUGACCCACUCCUGUUCUACCACGUCUUCCACUUCUACCGCAGUGGAAUGCUGUGGAUCAAGGACGAGCUCUGUCCGGCCAACUUUGUUGACGAGAUCGAGUACUGGGGCAUCAAGAUGAAAUACGCUCAGAAGUGCUGCCGAAUCCUCUUUGAGGAGAAACAGGACGAGCUGAACGAAUAUCUCAAAGUCCAACGGGAGCUGGAAGCAGAGGCGGAGCCGGUGAAAAAGGGAGAACACUUUGACGGCAAAUGUAUGGGCGAUUUCCGCAGGGCCGUCUGGAACCUGAUCGAGAACCCCUACUCCUCCAUCCCUGCCAAGAUCAUUGCUGUCAUGUCCAGCUUCUUCGUCCUUAUCUCCAUUGUCGGGAUGACGCUGAGCACCGUCGAGGAGAUGCAGCACAAGACCAGCAAGAACUGCUUGGAGCGCCUGGAGGCCACCUGCGCCAUCUUUUUCACCUUGGAGUACCUCAUGCGCAUCAUUUCGACUUCCACCCUCCAGCAGUUCCUGCGGGCGGCGUUCAGUGCCAUCGACAUGGUGGCCAUCCUGCCCUUCUACAUCCAGAUGUUCUUAGAGAACCUGGGCGAGGGGGACAUGGACUACCACGAGGAGUUGCACAAGAUGCGCAGCAUGGGCAAGCUGGGGAAAGUCCUCAAGCUGAUCAAGUUGAUGCGCAUCUUCCGCAUCCUCAAGCUGGCCCGCCACUCCACCGGCCUGCGGGCCUUUGGCUUCACCGUCCGGCAGUGCUACCAGCAAGUCUGCUGCCUCCUCCUCUUCAUCGCCAUGGGCGUCUUCACAUUCUCUGCCCUGAUGCAUUCAGUGGAACAUGACGUCCCUGGCACUGACUUCACCAGCAUCCCCAAUGCCUGGUGGUGGGCAGCAGUCAGCCUCUCCACUGUGGGCUAUGGAGACACAGUGCCAGACACAGUGCUGGGAAGGAUGGUGGCCUUUGCAUGCAUCUCCUUUGGCAUCAUCCUCAAUGGGAUGCCCAUCUCCAUUCUCUACAACAAGUUCUCUGACUAUUACGCCAAGCUCAAGGCCCACGAGUACCAGGCCGCCAUCUCGCUCAAGCUCUCCCGGAAGCUCCACCUGAAGCGAAGAGCUCGGCGGAAAUUCCUGGAGUGUUGCUGCCCGGAGGACUACCUCACCUGUCAACCAGCAGCAGGUCACCCCAGCGGCCAACAUUCCACACCGCAGCUUGGCCAUCCGGGACACCCUGUUAUCCACCAACCACGGCACAGUCACCAGUCGCUACAUGCUGUUCCUCACUCCCCCUGUCCUCAUGGCUACCGUGAUAUCCACUACCCUGCCCACUGCCGGGGUCAUCAUGCCCACCUGGAACGUCCUCUCUCGCACCUAUCACAAUUGGGCCAUCCCACCCAUGACACUCUUAUCCACCCACUGUUGCAAGCCAGACAAUCUGGCCAGCUCCAACUUGUGAAAAACCUCAAGGGGCGUUUUGUGAAGAACAAAGUGCACCCGGCCUUUGACGGCUUGGAGACUGCCGCCAGGGAAGGAGUAAGAAGUGUGGAGAAGGCAGAAAAGAGGUUUUCGCAUAUGAGAAACCUCCUGGGCCACUUCAGGAAGCACAAAGUGUACCCCGCCAGUGAGAUGGAGGCUGCUUUCGAAUGUGAAGAGGAUGCUGUCCAGCCUUCUGCAUUUGCAAGAGCGAUAAACGUGCCUCUGACAGGACCCUUUCCUUUGGAGGGGUUUGCCCAAUGGGACACCAGAGCACCCCCUGGGCUCCCAUGUUCAACAGCAAACCCAAUGGAGAACAUCUGCAUGUACUUCAUGAUUCUUGAGGAGCUCGCCAUUGACACGCUGCAUGAUCUGCCCACGAUCACCAAUCAACAUGUUAAGGCCGUUAUGGUGAGCCAUAAACCUGAUUGGAAGGGGACUGGAUUUGGAACAAGUUCUGAGGAAGUCAAGCUGACAGGACCCCCACCACCACGCUCCCCCAAAAUUCUUGGAGAUGUGAUUCAUGCUUUAAGGAAUUCUGUGAGGAUUAUGGGCAAGAUGAACGGCAAUCAUCAUGGGCUCCGACCUGUGAAAAACCUCAAGGGGCGCUUCGUGAAGAACAAAGUGCACCCAGCCUUUGACUGCUUGGAGACUGACGCCAGGGAAGGAGUCAAAAGUGUUGACAAGGCUGGAAAGAGGUUUCUGCAAAUGAGAAACAUCCUGGGCCACUUUGGGGGGCAGAAAGUGCACCCUGCUUGUGAGGAGAUGGAGGCUGGUGGGGAUGGAAGGACAGGCGGAUUAUUUGAAUGGGCAGCACGGUUGCGCUCUGCUUUUGAUCCUGAAGAGAAUGCUCCUGCUGUCCAGCCUCCUGCCUUUGGAAGACAGAACCAAAUGAAGAGCGUCUGCUUCUACUGCAAGGUUCUUUAA